CUUCUGCCAAAAAAUUACCAGGGAAGUUCAGACUGGAACUCGAACUGGGCGCCUUGGGGUGGUUUUCCGGGGCGGGUUUUACCCUGGAACUCGAGUUCCAGUGCACGCGAUCAGACUCUAAAUUCCUGAUCGGGGUUCCAUUGUUCUUUUGAUCUCCACGAGAACACCCACUCCCCACUAUGGGUCUACUCACAGAAAACGGAACCAGGCCUGCAAAGAAGGCGAGGAUAGCGCCGAAGAAGGCCCUCAAGGGUCGCGCGAGAUCGCCACCGCCGAAAGGGAAGGCCCCCCUCGCUCGGGAGGAGAAGCAGCAACCUCCGACAAAGUAUAAGGGCAAGGCGAAGGCGAUGACGACAGACGAGGCCGCUCCUCCCCCUCUACCGACUUCCUUCAAAGUGGUCGCUGGGUCCUACGAAAAACUGCUGUAUGGACUCGAGGGCACCGUUUCCCUAGCUGAUUCCGGGUCCUCCUCUGCGGAUCCCGAGUCCUCGACGAAGAAGUACAAGUUCGACUUGAAGCCGUUGUUCAUCUUCCCUGCGCACGUGUCGUGUAUCAAGGCUGUCGCUGCAUCUCCGCAGGGCGGUAAAUGGCUCGCUACUGGCAGCGCGGACGAGAUCAUCAAAGUCUGGGAUCUCAGGCGGAGGAAGGAGAUCGGAGGGCUUAUGCAUCAUGAGGGUUCCGUCACCCACCUCUCCUUCCCCUCGCGCUCCCACCUCCUCUCCGCGUCCGAGGACGGCACCCUCGCGCUCUUCCGCUCGCGCGACUGGGUCGUCCUGCGCGCCCUCCGCGGGCACAAGGGACGCGUCAAUAGUGUCGCGGCCCAUCCCUCAGGCAAGGUCGCGCUUAGCGUCGGCAAGGAUAGGACGUUGAGGAUGUGGGAUUUGAUGAGGGGGAAGGGGAGGGCAAGUACGAAGAUGGGGAAAGAGGGGGAGGUCGUUCGCUGGUCGAUAGAUGGCAAGCUGUUUAUCGUACAGUCUGGAUCGGACAUAAAUGUAUACACAUUGGACAUGACCCUUAUCCACACCAUCCACCACCCCUCCCGCGUGCACGACGUCCACUUCUGUACCCGCGUCCACGGCGAGGGCGAGGUGCUCCUCGUUGGCGCGGAGGACAAGACGCUCUCCAUCUACUCGAUAUCGUCUAACCCGGACUCGAGACCGAAAAUCGUGGCGAAGAUGGUGGGUCAUGCAAAUCGGGUCAAAGCCUUCCAAACCCUCGCUCUCGCCCUCCCGGACGGCACGCAGACCACCGUCGUCUGCACCGUGUCAUCCGACGGCAAGCUGCAUGCGUACGACCUCGGGGAGCUGCCUGCGCCUUCUACAAAGUCCCGGAAAGACACGGAAGACGAUGCCGUUCUGGAGAUUGAACCCUCUGGCACAUACGACUCCAAAGGCACGCGUUUUACAUGCGUCACGGUCGCCGAUGGGGACGCAGAGGGCUCGGUGGCAGCGUUGGUGGGGAAGAGGAAGCGGGCGGAGAGAGAGGAUGAGGGAAGGGAGGGCGGGCAGGAUGAGGAGGAGAGUGGUGACAGCGAGGGAGCGGAAGAUAAGGAUGCCGAGGAAUGGGCACCGAUGGAGGAAGAGGGUGCAGGUUGGAGCGAGGAGGAAGGGGAGAGUGAAGAGGAAGGGGAGAGCGAAGAAGAGGAAGAGGGCGAGGAAGAGGUCGAGAGUGAUUGAUCUAUUUGCAUACUUGGAGGCGUUGUUGUUGUUACCGUUGCUGCUGUUGUUGUAGAUGUGCACGAUUGUGCACAACCGCACUGAAGGGUGUCAAGGCCUUCGUCGUUGAAAUCAUUAAUGGAUGCCUGAAUGGGUGCUUGUCGGUCCACCCCAC